AUGCCAGACGCGGUCAACUUUCCCUCGUCGGGCAAAGCCCUCGUGUCCAUCGAGACGAUUUCGCAAACUCCUCGAAUCUGGGUGUUGCACAUGUUGGCAGCCGAAACGCCAGACAAUCGUUUGACUCGCAAUUUCCUCACCGCCUUGGCCUCAGCUUUGGAUCACGUCCAAUCUCAAUGGGAGAGCAUUGCGGGGGAAGAAGCUGCCUCGAAAGGUGCUGCAUUGAUCAGUACGGGCGUGUUGGACGAAAAGAAUAAGAGCAGUCGUUUCUUCAGUAAUGGACUCGACUUUGAGGCUGCCAUUGCCGACGAACACUUUUUCGAUCAGUGCCUCAUGCCAGUCUAUGAGAGGCUCCUCUCUUUUCCCAUUCCUACGAUAGCCAGCGUUGGUGGACACGCGUUGUGAGUGGGAGGGAGAGAACUGCACAGAGAACCGCGCUCUAAACAGGCUUCGAUGCUCAAUGUUCGCGCUCGUGUGCUUCCCCUUGCAGCGCCGCUGGAUUUGGGCUCAUCUCUGCCCACGACUACCGAGUCAUGUCUGGUAUCAAGGGCUACGCGUGCAUGAAUGGUGAGUCGUGUGCUUACAGAUGUCCAUAUGCCUACGCUGUGGGCCGGCCAUGCCUUUGCUGCGCUGCCGCUUCUUACGACUCCUGAACCCCAGAGAUUGAUUUUGGAGCUCAGCUGCCUCCUGGUCUUCAUGCCGUUCUUCGAGCCAAGGUGAGCCGAUGCGAAGCUUUGGCUGUCCAUUGCCCACCGGCUGAAUAUCAUGCACGUCCGAUGUCCCUUGUCCAGUUUCACAGCCCCGCCGUCAUGCGAAAGAUGGUGUUGGAGGGACACCGCUUCACAGGUCAGGAAUUGAAAGCUCUUGAAUUCGUCGAUGAGCUCGUACCUCCGCCUGGAGGCAGCGGCGGUCCACAACAAACGCUGGAGGGCGCUGUUCAGCUUGCUCACAAGGUUGCACCGAAAGCCACAAAGGUGAGCAAGAGACAGAUUCGCCAAAGAGCUAUUUCGCAUGCAAUCGAAUCGCAGAAUCAACAAGCCGAGCCGGUGCUGACGGCCCGCGCGUGUUGCCUGGACCCGUAGGACGCGUAUGGCAGCAAUAAGCUUGUCAUGUACCAGCCCUUCUUGCACAUCCUCCGGCAACCGUGAGUAGGACUGAAAGAACAAAUGAUUCGAUCCAGUGCUGAUCGCCUGUCUUUAUGCUUUGAUCAUCUUCAGCAAUUCGGACAUCACGGGCGCACUCACAGAUGGGUCCAAGCUUUAA